AAGCUACUCUACUAGGUCAUGAAAUGUCACAAUUGUUUCGAUAAUGAAUAUCUUACGCGUUGUAUUAUUUCUUGUAAGCGUUAGUUUAACUUUAGUUUAUAAUGAUGCAAAUGAUGUUAGUGAUAUUACAGAAGAUAAGCGUGUUUUAGCGCUAAUCAAGGAGAGGAAACGGUACCAAAAAGUGCGUUGUUCGCGUCGCUACACGCCAGGGUCAUGUAUGGACCCAGUACGACCCGUGUGGACUUUUGUAGCCCCUUUACAGUCCUGCACAGAGCGCCUCGGCUGCCCAUCGGGCCUCUUCGCAAACCGCUUCAACUCAUUCGAGGAAUGUACCAACAUGUGUCGCGAACUCGUCUACCUAUUUAUGUACCUGCAGUCUUUGGACAACGAGACGUUCAGGGUACCGGAUGAAGCGCUAGAGACCUCGACGCCACAUGCCAGCGACAGCAUUUAUGGCGAAUUCGGGCAAGACAACGACGGCGAACAGGACUCACUAGGCGAGGUUGUUGAAGAUGUCGAGGCAGACAAGUAAGUUGGA